GAAGGGGGUUCUUUCUCACUCACUCUCCCUCUCUCCCUCUUUCUCUGGCAGCAAUCGCGAUUCUGUUGGCAAGAGUAACUAGAAUAAAAACAGCAACACCAGACAUAGGGGAGAAAAAAAGAAAAAUGAUCCAUUGAACUAGGAGUCUUCGCCCUCUCUUAAUUACGUAGUUGUCCGGGAUCUAUUCUUUUUUUCUAUCUCUGAAGCCCUCGGUAAGUGGUAAUUAGCUCGUGGGGGAUAAAACCAGCUGACCGGGAGAGGACCAGUGCAUUUUGGAGCGAGAUGGCUAACAGGAAGGCUCUAUCCCUCUUUCACGGAUUCCUCAUCCUCGCUCUGAGCCGACCCUCGCUUCAGGGAGGAGUGUACGUCCCUGCUGGAGUUGGAGUUGUACCUGGUGGCAUCGCUGGGACAGGAGCUGCUAUUGGUGCUGGGGGGAUCCCAGGAUUUAAACCAGGGAAGGCUGCUGGGGCCUAUGGCGGCCGUGGAGUUGGAGGUGUUGGUGUCGGAGGUUUAGGAGUCGGAGGACUGGGUGCAGGAGGAGUAGGUGCAAAGGCCUUUAAGCCAGGGUUUGGAAGCUUAGGUACUGGGACUCUUGGUACUGGAGGCCUGGGCGUAGGAUAUAAGCCUGGUGUUGGAUAUGGUGGUCCUGGAGGCUACUAUCCUGGAGCAGGACUCAAACCUUCCAAGCCAGGUGUUCGUGCAAAGGCUGCAAAGCCGCACAGAGGGCCGGGAGCUGGAGGAGUUGGGGGGCCCACUGGUCCAGGAGGAGGUACUAUACCGGCAGGAGCACCUGUGAUCCCACAGACCGGACUGCCAGGAGUUGGGACUGGAGGGAAAGCUUCGAAAGCACCUGGUAAAGUGCCAGGUGUUGGAGUACCUGGACUUUAUCAAGGUGGUCUUGUACCAGGCCAAGGGUUUGGCGGGCGAGGAGUUCUUCCUGGUGUCGCCACUGGGGAUGGGCUGAAACCAAAAUCACUUCCUGGUGCAGGAGGUCUAGGACCUGGGUAUGGAGCUAACGGUCGUGGAUACGUGGGUCCAAGGCAGCCGGGUGUUUUCUAUGGAUACCCCAUAAAAUCACCUAAAGCCCAAGGUGGUUAUGGAUCACAGUUUGGAGGUGGAAAGCUUCCCUAUGGUUAUGGAAGCUUUGGUGCUGGAGCUGGUGCGCUUGCUGGAGUAGGAGCUGGUACGAAACCUGGAUACCCCACAGGAACCGGUGUUGGAAUACAGGGUAUAUCUCCAGCUCAGGCCAAAGCUGCAAAAUAUGGUGCUGCAGGGGGUGUCUCUGCCCCGGGUGGGGUGACAGGUGCAGGAGUUGUGCCUGGGGUAGGUGGGCUCUACCCAGGAACUUAUCCUGGAGGAUAUGUAGCUGGUGUAAAGCCUCCUAAAUAUGGGGGUGUUGGCACUGUUCCAGGGGCCAUCGGAGCAGGAAGAGUGGCAGGCGCUGGAGCUGGACUUGGAGCUGGCACUGCAGGUUUUGGAGCUGGUGCCAAAGCUCUUAAGUUUGGAGUACCUGGGGCAGUGACCGGAGUACAAGGUGGUGUGCCAGGAGCAGUGUCAGGGGCUGGACUCCAGCCUGGAGGAUAUCCAGCAGGUGCCAAAGCUCUGAAAUAUGGUCCAGGAGGCACCGGAGUGGCUGGUGGGGGCGUACCUGGAGGAUUCGUGGUGCCAGGAGGCGUAGCUGGAGCUGUCCCAGGUUAUGGAAUUGGAGCGAAGCCACCUAAAUAUGGUGUCCCGGGGGGUGCUGUCGGAGUGACUGGUGGUGGAGUACCUGGAGCUGUUCCUGGAGUCCUACCAGGGGGAAUUGGUGCUGGUGUGAAACCUCCCAAAUAUGGUGUUCCGGGGGGCGUUCCAGGGGGUGUUCCAGGGGGCGUUCCAGGGGUUGUACCAGGGGUUGUACCAGGGGUUGUACCAGGGGUUGUACCAGGAGGUGUACCAGGGGGUGUUCCAGGAGUGCUGCCGGUAACAGGCUUUCAGGGAUAUGCUGGUGGCGUGAAAGCUCCUAAAUAUGGUGUGCCAGGGGGUGUUGCAGGGGUUCCUGGUGGGGUUCCUGGUGCAGUUCCUGGUGUUAUUCCUGGUGCAGUUCCUGGUGGAAUUCCUGGUGCAGUUCCUGGUGGAGUUCCCGGAGCAGUUCCUGGUGGAGUUCCCGGAGCAGUACCAGGAUAUCCAGGUGGUGUUAAGCCUCCUAAAUACGGCGUGGCCAUUCCUGGUGCUACUCCGGGCGGCAUUGGAGGCGUGGUGGUGCCAGGUGGAACAGGCAUUCCCCUCGUUCCUGGGGUGAAACCAGCAAAGGACCUAGUGCCGAGCGGGACUCAGGUUCCAGGACCGACAGCUAUUGUCACACCUGACAAGGCCCCUAUACCCAGUGCCAAAGGUAUCCAGACAGCCGGUGUCGGAGUUGUUCAGCCUAGUGCUGGAACAGGCGUGGUUGUGCCCUCUGGUGCUGUAGGUGGCGCUGUUGGUGCGGGCGGGAAACCUCCCAAACAAGUAGGAGCAGGACCAGGCGGAGUUGGAACGUACCCCUACGGAUAUGGAAUUCCUUAUUAUGCUGGACCAGGAGUUGGGGCGGGGGUGCUCCCUGGUGCCAAGCCUUUGAAAGCCCCAGGUGUUGGAGGAGCAGUUGGAGGGCAGGGCCUCGUACCUGGAGUGGGGGGUUUGCAGCCUGGCACCGGUGUGACGUAUCCAGCAGGUGUGGGAAUUGGAGCGGGUAAACCACCCAAACCAGGCUUUGGUGCUCUGGGUACUGGAUAUCAGCCAGGAGUCCCUGGCUUUGGCGGCUAUCAACAACACUUCCCAGGAUACCCUGCUGGAGGAGUCGGACUGGCUGCUCAACAAGCCAAAGCAGCCAAGUAUGGUGCCCUGCAGGGAUUUCUGGGAAGAGGCUACGGAGGCAUUGCUGGAUGCCAAGGCAAAUACUGUGGCAGGAGAAAGUGAGAGACCACUUGAGAUAUGAAGUGACCUCAAGAAUCCAUGGUGCUACUGCAUGAUAUAGAAUGUACAUUUUCAUAUACCAAAAAAACCCCUUUUUCAUGUACAAACGUUUAACUUUUUUGUGCGCAUUGGAUGAAGAGUGUUUUUAAUAAGCCCACAAAAGCCAGAAGAAUGUCAGGUAGUUAGAAAUCUUGAAGACAAUUUUAAAGAAUGACCGAACAUAGAUGAAAUGUGUGCAGUACACUACAUGUUUAUUUUUAUACAGGCACAGUACUAUUCAUCAUUCUUGUAGUGCUCUCUAAUUUGCAACAAGCAUUUGACAGGUGACUGCCCCAGUGAUUUUGUUAGAUGGCUAUGUUCAUCACUUUUAUAAGACACUAUUUGAAGUGCCUGUCUUGUUUUGUAUUGUGGCAUUAUUGCCCUGUAACUGAUGACACGUUUUUAUCAGACCUUCAACGUGACCCUUGACAUCAGGUGAAGUUUUUCACAGAACACAAAGGACUGUUGUUGUGUUUAAAAAAUAUAGUCUACAGUACUGAAAAAGAAAAGUCUCUCCCUGUAUGUUGCACUGCACUUUUGAUCAGGAGUGUGGAAGAAAAGUCAUGUUCCACCCAUCAAAAGGCUUGAACUUCUCAAGGCCUGUCUAAAUGCCAAAAAAUGUAAGGUGCUUCUUUUACACCGUGCCUACGUGCAUAGUCUUGAUGGGGUGUUCCUCCCGGUUUUCCACCUGGAGAAAACAGCUGGAACACAAUGCUGUUGGUGGCACAUUGAUCUCUUUUCCACACAACAGCCAGCCUUGCCAGCACAGAGCCUAAGGGACUGAAUCCCCCACUCGUGUGUCCUCACCUGACUGGAGAGCUGAUGUUAAUCGCAGCGGUGGCCAUCAUUGAAAUAAGCUCUUGUCACAAAUACAGUAUGGCCAUUGACUGAAAUAAUUUUAAAAUGUUUAAAAUGUAGUGCAUUGAUUUUCUGACAGGACUUGGACUGUACGACUGAAAUUAGACAAAUAAAAAGCUGAGUUUGGAGAGAGUAAAACAUGGGUUGGCAUGUAUACAAUGGGUGUUUGCGUAACACGUUGAGUUACCUUAAAUUCCUUUGCCUAAAACAAGGGAUUCGGUGCUUCCGUUACUCCAUGAUUGUUUGUGUCAAAUCACUUAAGGUUGUAGUUUCUUGUUUCAAUUACUAAUUAACGCAAACUGUUGACUCAUACAUCAACAAUGUCAUGUUUUUGCACCGUUUUUAACUUGACCUUUGCAUUCUUCAUUUCUUUAUAAACAUGGAAAGUAUGAUAUACCAUGUUUUUUUUUUUUUCCUUCUUUUCUCGCUUUGCUUGUGCUUUUUAGUCACUGUGAAAAUUGUUUGAUUUUAAAAAAGUUGUCUGUUUUGUUUAUGAUGCGGAUAUUGGGUUAGUGUAUCUUCUCUGUUCCGUUCGAAUUGUUGACAAUGAUGAAGUGUGUACCAGGAGGCGCCAUAAGCGAUAUGACGGCCCAGUACGAACUGUGGCGUCUCGCUUGGCUCCAGCAAAAGCGAGCUCCGGCGAGUGUCGGCCUUCUCCUUCUCUUCUCUUACUCGGUGCUUGACGGGAUGCGCGGCUCCGGGGCCCUCGCCGGCGCUCGCUUUUGUCCGUUGCGGGCUUCCCUUCACGUUUGAGGGCAUCUCUGCAGUUUUUCCAACCACGUACAUUUUUAACAGUUCUGGACAUCCAACCAUUUUACC